AUACAUUUUAUUUGAUUUGUAUGCAUCCCUAGUCCUCACUUCCCUCUUUGAAUAAUCAUGCAUCUCCUUCAACCAUUAUUACCACAAAAAUUAACUUUCUCGCCCAUAAAAUUAGAUUGAGUAAUUGGGGAAAUCUAGGAAAUUUGAAGUGAGAACUAUGAACAAAUAUGGAAGCUUUGGAAAAAGAAAAAUUAAAUGGACAUAGAUUGUUGAACGGCACAGAUUCCAAAUUGCCGGUGAAGACGGAGUUCACGGCGGCGACAGAAUCUUACUCCGGCCGCGAAGUGACUUCGGAGAUAUUGUCUUUAUUACUUGUCAUCCUCUUGCUUGUACCCCUCAUUAAUACUGUUAGUUCAAUAGCUCUGAAUCAAAGAGAAGCCCUUCUCAAAUGGAAAGCCAGUUUGGACAACCAAAGCCAAAAAGUCCUAUCUUCUUGGGGGGAUAGUAAGGGUAAUAAUCCAUGCCAUUGGGUUGGACUGGCCUGUGAUGAAGCUGGAAGCAUCACCAACAUAAGCCUUGCAGGUUCAAAUCUCACAGGGACACUCCGGGGCUUGAACUCUUUGGCCUUCCCCGGCCUAAGGGAGCUUAAUUUCCGAAACAAUACGCUUUUCGGCCCCAUUCCUUCCCACGUUUUUAAUCUAUCCAAACUAGUUGUUCUUGAUUUGUCUUUUAACGAGUUUUCUGGAAACAUUUCUUCUGGGAUAGGAAGGUUAAGCUCCCUUUCUAAACUUGACCUUUCUGGGAACAAUCUUGCUGGUCAGAUUCCUCCUGAAAUAGGAAGGCUGAGCUCGCUUUCUCAACUCUUUCUCUCCACAAACAGCCUCACUGGUCGAAUCCCUCCCGAAAUAGGAAGGUUGAGCUCACUUUCUAUACUCUUUCUCCUUGAAAAUAACCUCACUGGUUCAAUCCCUGUUUCUUUUGGAAAUUUGACUAGUUUGAAUAUGCUGUCAAUAAUGAACAACAGGCUCAAUGGUUUUAUACCUCAGGAAGUUGGACGGAUGAGAUCCCUAAACCAACUUGAUUGUGCAUCCAACUUCUUUAGUGGUCCUAUCCCUGCAUCAAUAGGAAAUUUAAGCCAAUUAACAUACCUCACUCUUUACCAGAAUCUGCUGUCUGGUUCUAUUCCAAGAGAAAUAGGAAUGAUGAGAUCUACCAUCAUGUUUGAUCUUUCUAGGAACCACCUAACUGGUCAUAUCCCAGCAUCAAUUGGAAAUUUUAGCCAUAUCAGAUACAUUUACCUUUAUGGCAAUGAGCUUUCUGGUUCUAUUCCUAGCGAAGUAGGAUUGAUGCAAUCACUUUGGGACAUUCAGUUGCUAGGCAAUAAUCUCAAAGGAGUUAUCCCUACUUCCAUUGGAAACCUUACUGAGCUUAAAAUUUUAAAACUAUCCCAUAAUGCACUGUCGGGUCCAAUUCCUGUUGAAAUAGGAAGGUUAAGCUCACUUUCUGUUCUCGACCUCUCUGAUAAUGCACUGUCGGGUCCAAUUCCUGUUUCAUUAGGGAAUUUGAGCACUUUGACUGACCUUGUCCUCACAAACAAUGAGCUCACUGGUUCUAUACCACUUGAACUAAACAGCCUAAUUCAUUGUGCAUCCAUACAGUUGUCCAACAACAAACUCACUGGUCAUUUACCUGAUCAUAUUUGCCUUGGGGGAUCACUUCAGUUCCUAGCUGCAAAUAGAAAUCAUUUGACGGGUCAGAUUCCAACAAGUUUGAGAAACUGCACCACCUUAAAAAGAGUAAGGCUUGAAGAUAACCAUCUCGAUGGAAACAUAACUAAUAAGUUUGGCUUGCAUCCAGUCCUGGAUUAUAUCGAUCUUAGCGAUAACAAGUUGUCCGGCGAGCUUCCUCGAAAAUGGAAUCUUUUCCCUAACCUCACUGCUUUCAAAAUAUCUGGAAAUGCAAUCUCUGGUAGGAUACCUUCUGAGAUAGCUCAAGCCGCACAAUUACAGUUCCUUGAUCUGUCUUCUAAUGAUUUAAGUGGAGAAAUUCCUAAUGAACUAGGCAGGCUGACAAGAUUGGGAAGCCUUCUUCUCAAUGACAACAAACUCGUUGGCAACAUCCCACAAGAGAUGGGAGAGCUUUCUAAUAUGGAACACCUUAGUUUGGCAGCAAAUAGUUUGAUGGGGGUGAUUCCUGGAAACCUUGGGAAAUGCUUCAGGUUAGUGAGCUUGAACUUGAGCAGUAAUCAUUUGGUAGGUAAUGUUCCAGUUGAAAUGUACAGAAUAUUUUCCCUUGAUACUCUUGAUUUGAGUUGGAAUAUGCUGGGUGGAGAGAUUCCUCCAGAGCUUGGAAGAUCUCAAAGAUUAGAAAAUUUGAACCUUUCUCAUAACUUGCUUUCUGGUGUCAUUCCAUCCACUUUCAAUUACAUGCAGAGCUUGUCGAAAGUGAACAUUUCUUACAAUCAGUUGGAGGGUCCUAUUCCAAGCAACAAAGCAUUCAUCAAUGCCCCAUUUGAUGCUCUCCAAAACAACAAAGUCCUGUGUGGUAAUGCCUCAAGCAUAUCCCCUUGUGGGAAGGGAAGCUCCAAUAACGGACUGGUGAUCCUAAUAGUUACACCUAUUUUGGGGGGGUUGCUUUUGUUGUUAAUUCUGGUCGGCUGUGUAUUCCUCAUCUUUAGCAAAAAGAAUGAGCCAAGAGAGGCACAAUCUCAAGACAUUUUUUCCAUUUGGGAACCUGAUGUGAAAAUUCACUAUCGAGACAUCCUUGAUGCUACUGAUGAAUUCGACUCCACCUAUUGCAUUGGUUCAGGAGGAAGUGCAACUGUUUACAGAGCUGCUUUACCAGGUACUGGUCUUGUGGUGGCUGUGAAGAAACUUUGUGCGCCAGACGAUGAUCAGCCCUUUCACCUAAAAGCAUUUGAAAGCGAGAUCCGUGCUUUAGUGGACAUUCGACAUCGCAACAUUGUGAAGUUCCAUGGUUUUUGUACUUCUAAAGAGCACUCAUUCUUGGUACUUGAGUUCGUAGAAAGAGGGAGUCUGAGAAAUGUUUUAAGGAACCCAGAAGAAGCGGAGAAGUUGGAUUGGGACAAGAGGCUGAACAUUAUCAAAGGGCUAGCUAGUGCUUUAUCUUACAUGCACCACGAUUGCCAAUCAUCGAUAAUCCAUCGUGACAUAUCUAGUAACAAUGUCCUGCUGGAUUUGGAGUAUGAAGCUCAUGUCUCUGACUUUGGCAUAGCUAGAAUUUUGAAACCUGACUCUUCCUUUUCGACAUCAUUCGCAGGCACCUUUGGCUACACAGCUCCAGAGCUUGCUUACACGAGGCAGGUGACUGAGAAGUGCGAUGUCUACAGUUUUGGCGUGGUGACAAUGGAGGUGAUCAUGGGAAGGCAUCCGGGGGAUCUGGUUUUGAGCAUAUUGACACCAAACAACCAUGGCCAACUAAUGCUGCUGCUGCUAAAAGAUGUCAUAGAUCCACACCUCCAACUUGAGAGGAGGAGCCAAGUGCUGAUGGAGCAAGUGGUUUCCACACUGAAGAUAGUGGUUGCGUGUUUGCACCCCGAACCACAGCUUCGGCCCACCAUGCUACAAGUUUACAAUGCACUUACCAACGGCCGACCAUCUCAGCUGUCAAAACCAUUUUCAUCAAUAAGUUUGGGAGACUUACUUGAAGCUAGUCUAAGUCUAGCCUAGAGCAUGAAAUGAAAGCACUCUAUUUUGUUUAUCUAUUUAUCUCUCCUAUGCAUCUAAAAUGUUAUGUAUUACCUUUUUCAAAUCUGAAGCAGAGCACUUGCAAAAACCAAAAUGUAAGAGAGGCUAAUGUGUUACCUUGUCGGGCCGAAACUGAGCCAAGGAAGACUGGAUCAGAUCGAGUGGAUAGAUAUAUAAAGAGGGGUUUCUCUUCUAUGGAUUGGAGCCAUCGCCGGCCGUCGGAAUAUUUCCGGCGCUACCCCAUGAUCACCUCAGUGGAGUGAGUAGAGGU